UGGCGCACACACACAAUAUUCGCACACAUGCACACACACACACACGCGCGCGUGCGAUAACAGCACUCUCAUUUAGGAAUUUCCUCUGAACAGAUAAGACCAGCUCACCGUCGUUCAGAGGUGUGGGUUAGAGCAAUUUCCUUAUGCCACGUUCAGUUUUAUAGCACCACUAUCAGAUUGCAGGCUAGAACAUGACAAUACAAAACGUCUGAUUUUUACAAUUGUGUGGAAGAUCACGACAGCACCUGAUGCUCUAGAUAACUGGAAGGUAUUCCACUGUAAAUUAAUCCGGUAACUGUUUGCACGCUUUCAACUCUGCUUACAAAAAAACGGAGUAAAGACUAAGAAAAUAAUGGCAACAUCAGCUGAAAAAUCUGGAGCGACCUCACAGAAUUUCCUUCGCCAAUUUCGAGACAAGAAAACGAGGAAAUUUCGAGAAAUCAGCGCCUCCAGUUUUAUGGAUGUUUGGAAUCAUUAUGACUCAGACGGUAACGGUUACAUCGAGGGUUCAGAACUUGAUCAGUUCCUGUACGAGCUUGUGACAAGCGUCAACACACAGGACGUUGGACCAGAGGUUGUGUCGCAAGCAGCGCUGAAAGAGGCAAAGGCAUCGAUACUCAGUGCCUUUGAUGAGAACAAGGAUGGGAAAAUCGAUAUUGCAGAGUUGGCACAGUUGCUUCCUAUGGAAGAAAAUUUUCUGCUGCUGUUCAGACGAGAGCAUCCUCUGGAAUCAAGUGUGGAAUUCAUGAAGCUGCAGCUCUUUGACAGAAAUAAGGACGGUAAACUUCAGCUCAGCGAAAUGGCCAAGUUGCUGCCGGUAAAGGAGAACUUCCUACAGCGGCCUAUAUUCAAGGAUGGCAACAAAAGUAUCGAAGAUGAAGAGUUGCAUGGAUUCUUGAAAGACCUGAUGGAACUCGUUCAAGAGGACUACGAUGCAGACGACAUCGAGGAGUUCAAGGACAUCCUGCUGCGCGAGUGCGACAUCAACCACGACGGCCGUAUCGACAAGGACGAGCUCUCCAUGGUCCUCGUCUCCUUUGCCAAAGCAUCUCAGGGUCCCGAGGGGGAAGAGGGAGGCGAGGAGGCAGCGGCUAAAGACGGAGCGGUCAAGGAAUAGUGAUUAGGAACUCUCACGAGAGUACCGAUGUCUAUAACAAUUUGAUAACGACGAAUUUCUUUUUCUAUUUUCUUUCAUUUUCUUGUUAUUCGAUUAUACGCAGAACGCAACGCGCUGUGACGUAGCAGGUUGUUCACAGUAAUAUAAGCGUCUACAAAGAAAAUUGGGACGUUUUCUGACGUAAAUGUUAAUGUUUCCAGUACUGAAGUUUAACAAUUCUUUGUACAAAUAAAUCUAUACUGAAAUAGAGGGGGAAAAAAGGAUGAAACCAACAUAUUACCUUAUUAUUAUCAGAUAAGCUUUGUGAGACUGUGACAACAACUUUGGGCAAAAUCUAGAUCUAUGUUUUCUUUAAGGUUUUAUGGUAGUUUCCUUACACAAAAACUGAUACGGACGAAAAGCCAAGGUGUAAUUUUAGCCAGCACCCCAAAACCAGGCAACUAUUCAUUUAAUCGAAACAUUACUAUGAAUAGAUCUAGUGUUCCUGGUAUAGAGAAGGAAGGCAGAUAACAACAAGCGUACAGGCAAAAACAAUAAGCUUGAGGAGACAUUUCCGAAGAUGUUGAGUAACGAAAGUAGCCGCAGAAAGAUUUGUGGGAGGAAGGGAGGGAGGUUCACAUUUUCCUUGCUCUACUCUUCAACAUUCUGUUCCAAGUCCAUAUCCCACGUGUUCAGAAAAUUCACGAAGAAUUAUGCUAUUUUCCAGCAGCAUUUAAAUUCCCUUUGGAAAGUUUUGUAAUGGAUACAUCAUGAUCAUCAAUCUCUUCCCUUUUUUUGGGUUUUUUUUAUUUCUGUCCGUAGCCCGAGAUGUUAAUACCAUGUUCGUAUCUGGACCAAAUCUAUAACUCUUAUUCUUUUCCAAGUGGCAUUCCGCUUAGAAUGUUCAAUUUUAAAUAUAUAUUAUGUUUUCUGCUUCUAUUUUAGCUUUUUUGGUUCGCCACCUGCAUUUUUUUGUUUACAUUAUUCUAUACUUCAAUUUACCUUUUUGUAUUGUAUCAAGGACCUAUUUCCUGAUUUUCAACAUAACUUGAAUAAGUAUGUUUUAUCAAUGUCAUGCUCUUGCUUUGAUGUGCUUCAGAAAGCAAAAGUCGAGAGCGCGUGUGACUGUUCAGUACAUGUUUCUUGUCAUAAAACAGUGGCUUGAGCUAUUCCCGCGGGCGGAGAGAAGACUUGAAUCACGCAUACACACACACACACACACACACACACACACACACACACACACACACACACAUACAGAGUAAUACGCACUCAAAGAUUUGAAUGGCACAUAAUCUUAGCGCACAAGGGAGGCGGUGUUCUGUAAAAAUACUCAUAUUAGUUAACCUCACAACGUAUAAUAUCAUUCUAGAGCUAUUUCUCAUAGUGCACACAAUCACAAGUAUGUAAUGAAAGGCCAAUGUCCGUUCGACUCUAUUCGUCAGACGGACGGUGGGUUGACUCAAAAUGAAAAAUGGCGUAAUGACUGGGUCAAGUAGAGAGAAAUAUAAGGCAGCGACUUUCCUCUGGAUGCGGUGGAAGUGGGGUCGGAUAAUGGAACUCAAAGGUGCCGUGUGAACAAGGAAUAGAGAUAACAUGAUAAAGCAAUUUAUCUAACAGAAAUAGAUAGAUAAAUAGAUAGAUAGAUAGAUAGACAGACAGACAAGCAGACAGACAGAAAGACAGACAGACAGACAGACAGACAGAAAGACAGACAGACAGACAGACAGACUUAUAGAUAGAUAGAUAGGUAGAUAGAUAAACUGUACUAAAAUGCAAAUUAAGCAUAAAUGAAAUAAUGUAAACAAGGCACAGAUUAUAAUCAGAAUAGACGUCUCUCCCCAGUCGGUGCCCCCUAUUCCAUAUAUUUAUUCCUUUUUUCUUGGAAGAACAACAUUAAACUCCAAAACAGCAUAACAGCACAAGAUUCAAAGGUUUAAGGUACCGCAAGUAUGCUCGCUUACAUGCGUGUUCGUUGUAAGGCUUUCGUUUGCCGUUCCAUCUGAUUUAUAAUGUGGAGUAUAUUUCCUGUCGGUCUUUGUGGGGAAUAAAAGACUGCAAUUUUGUUCACAACAAUUAA